AUUGCUUUUGCCUAGCUUUGCAAGUCUAGGGCAUUGAGGAAGAAAGGUAGUAUUUCCAAUCUCUGCCCCAAAUCCCAAGCCUUUGAGCCAAAGGAACCUUAUAAGCUAAGCUUAUGAACAUUUCUUUCUUUCGUUUUUUUUUUUUUUGCAGUUCUGAGGAAUGAACCCAAGACUUUGUGAAUGUGAGGCAAGUGCUCUACCAUUGAGCUACAACUCCAGCCACCAAUGAGCCUUUCUUUAUAUAAUUUAAGAAGGUAUAUGAGUGACCUAAAGCUGCAAGUAAACACGGAGAGAGAGCAGUGCCAACAGGGAGCAGGGCAAGGAUGCCAAUUCCUCCUCCCCCUCCUCCCCCUCCUGGCCCUCCUCCCCCUCCCACUUUUAAUCAGGCAAACAUAGACCCUCCCAAGCUGAGUAGAGAUGAGCAGCGGGGAAGAGGUGCCCUCUUACAGGACAUUUGCAAAGGGACCAAACUGAAGAAGGUGACCAACAUUAAUGAUCGGAGUGCUCCUGUCCUCGAGAAGCCCAGAGGAAGCAGUGGUGGUUACGGCUCUGGAGCUGCUGCCCUGCAACCCAAGGGAGGUCUCUUCCAAGGAGGAGUGCCGAAGCUCCGCCCUGUGGGAGCCAAGGACGGUUCAGAGAACAUAGCUGGUAAGCCAGCGCUACAAGUCCCCAGUUCUAGAGCUGCUGCCCCAAGGCCUCCAGUAUCUACAGCCAGUGGACGUCCGCAAGAUGAUACAGACAGUGGCCGAGCCUCCCUCCCAGAACUGCCCCGGAUGCAGAGACCCUCUUUACCGGACCUUUCUCGGCCCAACACCACCAGCAGUACGGGCAUGAAGCACAGCUCCUCCGCGCCUCCCCCACCGCCUCCAGGGCGUCGUGCCAACGCACCCCCUACACCUCUGCCUAUGCACAGCAACAAAGCCCCAGCCUACAACCGAGAGAAACCCUUGCCACCGACACCUGGACAAAGGCUCCACCCUGGCCGAGAGGGCCCUCCUGCUCCCCCUCCAGUCAAACCACCUCCUUCCCCUGUGAAUAUCAGAACAGGACCAAGUGGCCAAUCUCUGGCUCCUCCUCCACCGCCUUACCGCCAACCUCCCGGGGUCCCCAAUGGACCUUCCAGUCCCACUAAUGAAUCAGCCCCUGAGCUGCCUCAGAGACACAAUUCUUUACAUAGGAAGACACCCGGGCCUAUCAGAGGCCUAGCACCUCCUCCACCCACCUCAGCAUCUCCCUCUUUAUUGAGUAAUAGGCCUCCUCCUCCAGCUCGAGACCCUCCUAGUAGAGGAGCAGCUCCUCCACCUCCGCCCCCCAUGAUCAGAAAUGGUGCCAGGGAUGCUCCUCCACCCCCACCCCCAUACCGAAUGCAUGGGUCAGAACCCCUGAACAGAGGAAAGCCCCCACCUCCACCCUCAAGGACGCCAGCUGGGCCACCCCCUCCUCCACCACCCCUGAGAAAUGGCCACAGAGAUUCUAUCACAACUGUUCGAUCUUUCUUGGAUGAUUUUGAAUCAAAGUAUUCUUUUCACCCAGUAGAAGAUUUUCCUGCUCCAGAAGAAUAUAAACAUUUUCAGAGAAUAUAUCCCAGCAAAACAAACCGAGCUGCCCGUGGAGCCCCACCUCUGCCACCCAUUCUCAGGUGAAGUCUGGCUUGGUCCUGUUCCUCAGGAAAAAGGAUGGACCUCCUUUUUUUGUCAGAAUGUCCUCUCCAUUCCCCUGAAACCUGCAUGAGAGCUCCUAACAUGUUUCUCCUGUGCAAACAAUCCUAGACUCCAAGCAUCCUUCCAGCUCACCUCCAUCUAUGCAUCUCAUCUCUGGACUUGGUGAUUGGACUCUUUGCGUCGGCAGUAGGGUCUCAAACUCUGUAUCCAUCCCUACUCUAACACACCCUGCUGGCCAGAAGAGGAGAAAGCCUCCAUGUCUCCUGCUCUCCUCUGGGGAAAGGUGCCUUGUUGUGGUGAAUGAACUCAUUGUUGGGCAGGGUGGAGAUUGGUACCCUUAUCUGCCCUUAUCCACUGUGGGGGGAGCUUGGCAGGUAGAUUAUAUUCCAUCAUUUAGGAGGCUGGCACGGCCAGAACUUUGGUGGGAGGGGAGGGGGCAUUUUUAGUGAAGCAGUAAAGGAGUUUGCAGAGAAUUGAUCUGUUUUAAAGGUCAGCUUUGGAGAAAGGACAAGGAAAUGGGUCUUCUUUAUUUUUUAGGGGUAUUUCAGUUUUGUUCUCACUGCCCACCACCCAAUCCCAGGGGUAAGUUGGAUAUAAACACUAAAUACUAAUUAGUUGAACUAAAACUUUAAUCAAAUGAGAGGGCGAGGGGCUGGGGAUGUGGCUCAAGCGGUAGCACGCUUGCCUGGCAUGCGUGCAGCCCGGGUUCGAUCCUCAGCACCAUAUGCAAACAAAGAUGUUGUGUCCACCGAAAACUAAAAAAAGAAUAAAUAUUAAAAAAAAAAAAAAAAAAAAAUGAGAGGGCGAAGUAAACCGAGGAUCAUUUUAGAGCUAUUCAGUUCUUCUGUAACUAAGGGACUAGGAGCCAUUUGAGUCCUCUAGGACUUCCUGCCCCCUUUCCUCAGGGUGCUAGGCUGAAGGGUUCUGCCCCAUCUCCUCAAAAGAAAAAUUCCUUUUUGUCAGGGGCAUCAUUCAUUCCUGAUUCACAAAUCCCAAAAACUGCUGGUAGGAAAUAGGAAGACAGGGUCUAGGCCUUAACUUCAAGUCUGCCUCAGUCUUGUCUUACUAACCCUAGCCCUUUGAGUCCUUCAUGCUCCAGAAUGACUUAAGAAGGGAAGGGCAAAACACUCUGCAAAAGACUUUAUGGCCUGCUCACGCUGAAGUUCACAGCCCAUCUGACUGAGAAAGCUCUUUCCAUUCCUUUCUUUACCAGCUCACCUUCCCAAGAUUUCAGGGGCUAAUGCAGCAGAGUUAAAGGGGUGAGGAAGUGAGUAGAAGUUUGUGGAGAUACUCAAAAUUCCUUUAUUCCAAGAAGCACAAAAGACUUUGGUGUGAAGUGUGCUUCAGUCUGAUAGGUCUUCCUUGGUAGCCAGCAAUAUGUUGUUUCUUUGUCUUCCAGGUCUUAAUUAAAAGAGCAUAGAGAAAAUGGAGGGACCAACUGAGGUUGGAUGAUGGGACAGUGACUUUCCCUUCUCCAACAACAGGUUGGGGCUCCUGGGCUUCACACACCAGAUGGAUUGGUUUGCUACAGUUGUUGCCAUAUAUAGAGGCUACUCAAAACUUGGCAUGAGAGCGGGGAGACCAGGCUGUUUUUGAAAUGAAGGGGGAAAACUAUUUAAAAACCUCUUCUGAAACAUCACAGGCUUGAAAUGCUGCAGGGACCUUUCUAAUCCAUUAGAUCAUAAACUAAGGAUCUGAGCAUGAUGUCAGGUGAAACCCAAAUCUUCUCAAUGGUAGGUGAAGGAGGGCUUAACUUGGGUUAUCUGUUUGGAGUCUCUCUGUCCUUUGCCAUCCCUUAGACCACAUUAACUCUGGAUAUAGACUCUCAUGAUUAGGUCUGUCACCAGACUUUUUCAAUUAUUAUUUAUCAUGCUUCUUUUUAAAUCUGUUAGCAGUUACCUCCCAGACAUUUCCCCAGCAUCCUGAAGUGACUAGAGCUGAGAGAGAGGAGAGUACAAGAGUUGUUACUGCAGCAGAGUUCCAGGGUGACAAGUUACUGAACUUUGACUGUGAAGUCUUCCCAUUUAUUUUUGAAAUGGGAGUUGAUGCCUUUUGUACAGUGUUUAUCAAAGUGUGUUUUUCUUUUUCCUUUAUUCAAACAUACAUAGAGCAUCAAAAUAAGAAUCACAAAUAAAACCAAACCACAGCUUUUCAUUGGGGCUGAUAUCUUCCUCCCCAUGACCUGCUACCACUCAUAUUCCUCAGCAUUUGGACUGUGUCACAUGGAUAUUGAUUGUACUUUAACUGUCUUGGCCUCAUGAAAAACAAAAAGGCCUGGGUCUGGAUCUAAUCAAAUGGCUUUUCUCCUUUGGGACAUGUUAAUGACACAGCACCUAUUUAAAUAUCUUUGCCUUAUACAUUAUUUCUUCCCACUGUUAAUAACAGAUUUAUUAUCAUGUAUAUUUGCUAUUGAAGAUGGGAAUGUGAUCCUCAUAAUUAUUGGUCUAUUUUGUAUGUUGUACAGAGCUUGUAAUAUAGGUUUAAGGUGGGCUAGCUGCAAGAGCACUAAAACUUCUCACCUUUAAAACUGUUCUUUUUAUCUGCUCAUGGGGAUGUCAAAGAUCAGGUGGUCUCAUGUUGAGGCUAUAGCCCAGUCCCCAUUAACUCCCUUCUCCAUUCCUGGAGGGAAGAGACAUUGCCCAACUAAGCAUCUGAGAAGCUGUGUUAACAGUGAUUGUGUGGGCUUGGUUUUAUGAUGUUUUUCCUUAGUGGGAAAAACGUAAUAGUUGUUUCUUACUGUCCUUUCUAGGAAGCAGGGCAGUGACCUCCAGGUUUUUAAAUGAGCUAGAUGCCUGUCUUCCCCCUCUCUGGUCACCAAACCUGGACCAAGGCAUGUUGAUAUUCCAGGUAUGGUUUUCUUCAUCAAUGGGAUUUGAUCCAGCUGCAUAGCCCCACCAUUUUCACAGCCUACGCCAGCAGAGUAAGAGCCUAGGACUAUACCAGCUGAUAGACAUGAGGCUGCUGUCUCCAGGAAUUUGUCCCAGCCCUCUUAACUGGCAAAGGCAAGGAGACUGGCCAUUGCACUGGGGGACUCCCCUCACCCCUUUGGCUUCUCAGCUUGAAACCCAGAUUUACCUCCAGGAAGAGGUGAGAAAAAAAUGUAAAUAGACUUGCUACAGAGCAACUCAGGGUUGGGGUGUGUUUUAAUUCUCCUGAUCACUUGAAAUAAUCUGUAGGCUGAGUGCUUAUGGGAGUGAGGGAGAAGUGUUACUCCAGGGUCCUUCCUUUCUGUGAAGCUCUGGGGGUGGAGUAUAGGGGAUCAGAGGCUCUUUGAUGGCACUACACUGAGCUGUCCUGGAAACCCAACCUACAAUCAACUGCAAAAUCAUAUUCUUCACAUUCCAGUUGUAGUCUUUCUCUCCCUGUUGAAUAUUAGUCCCUAGUUAUGUAGUCAUGGUGGCUUUCUGUUAAGCCACCCUAAUUUAGGGAAUGGGAGGGAAAGGGGGGGGUGAGCAUUAUAGCUCUGCCUUCAAGACUUAUAUCUUAAAAACAAAAUUAAACAAAACUAUAACCACCUUCAAAAUCACAUGCAAAAAAAUGAAAAAGGGAUAAUUGACUGAAGGAAGGGUUUGGUUCCAUUCAACUCCACGUUCAUUGUGCCUUUACUUGUGUUAGAUUUCUGUGCUUUCUUCCUUUCCCUCUGAAGUAAUUAAAAUCUUCCUUGAUAACUGCUGUUUCCUACUUUCUACUCUUGUUUGUGACAACUUGGUGGGUUCCUUCUCUAAUUAUCUUAAAUCUCAUUCCACUGAUGGCAGAGAGUGCCUAGCCUUCUUUUCUCAUGUCUAACCUUUGUCGUUUUCCACAGUGACCAACAUGGAAGUCACAGUUAACACUGAAUAAAAGACUAGAAUGAUGUGUGUGUGCAUGCGUGUGUGUAUGUGACCAUCCCAUCUACAUGUGGAUCCACUUCUUUAAAAAAUAAUUUAUUGUAUGAUUUAUUUUGGAGAUAUAUUCUGAUUAUAGUGCUCCCUCUCCCAAAUAGCACUGAUUCUUUUUUUUCCCCUUACCCCCUAAAAUGUAUAAUCUGGUCUCAGGUUCAAUUCUUUGGUACAUUUCUUUCUUCUGAAUGCUGUGCAGUUUAAUUAAACCUUGCUUAAAAGCAAAAACUGAAAACUGUGUACUCUUGUCUGGAAUACCAUCACAAGUGGUGACAUAGAGAGGGGGAAAAAAACCUAUUGCCUCAUAUUAUGGGUAAGUGUGAUGGUUUGAUUCCAUGUCACUUGAGAAAGUAGAUGUACUGACUUAAGCAGAAGCAGCAUCUGUGGUUUCCUGAGAGUUUUCUCUCCUCUUCCACAUGUUUUGAAAUUGCAGUUCUAGUUAGUUGUGCUGACUAGGAGAACCUGACAGUCAUUAUAUAUAUAUAUAUAUAUACAUUUGCUACUGAACCACUCUUUGCCCAUGAUUUCAGGGAACCCAGGAGGCCCCCUGACCUUAUGUCCUUUCCUUGUAUCCCUUAUGAUUUUUUCUACUUGUGUUGUAUGUCUGAUUCUCAAAUUGACAGUGGAAGAAAAGAUGGGGGCAGAGCAUUUAGGUUCAUGUGUACAUUCUUAUUUGGGUGUUGGUUGUUUUCCUCACUGCUUUUUAAGCUGAAAUCUUAGCUGGGUGUGGGUUUUUUUUGUUGUUGUUGUUUGUUUGUUUGUUUGUUUUGUUUUGUUUUUUAACUUUGAUUUUAGGUGUAAAAAAAUUCAACCAGACAUUUUUGCUUACUGUGGUCAGCUGAAAUAACCUCUAAGGUUUAAUGAGCUUAACUUGAACUUUCAUUACUAGCAAAGGUCUUGAAAUCAUUUCCUAUACUGAAUCAUAAUGGGUGUGUGUAUGAAUCACUCUCACAUAAUUUAGGUAUAAAAACCUAUGAGGAGGGUGAGGGGAGGGAGGGAAAAAAAAGACUCAUUUCAUUUUCAUCCAUACCUACCAGAUUGGCUGAAUUCCUGAUUAUUUGACCCUUCAUUGUUAUUAAUAUGAUUAAUAAACUACCUAUUUAUUGA